GUAGGAAUUCAGAGACUUCCUGGAGUAAGUAAAGCUGCCAACAGAACCAACACAGCCAUGGGGCUGCUGACUGGAGGUCUACUGGAGCCACUGGCAGUGGCCGUGGCCAUCUUCCUGCUCCUCGUAGAUUUCAUGCAUCGACGAGUAUGCUGGGCCCCUCGCUACCCGCCAGGCCCCUGGCCCUUACCUGGGCUGGGCAACCUACUGCACAUGGACUUUCAGAACAUGCACUAUUCCAUAAACCGGCUACGGAGCCGCUUCGGGAAUGUGUUCACCCUGCAGAUGGCCUGGACACCCGUGAUAGUGCUCAACGGGCUAGAGGCGGUGCGUGAGGCGCUGGUGCACCAGAGCGAGGACACCUCUGACCGCCUUAUUAUACCCAUCACUACCUGCUUUGGUUGGGGCCCCCGCUCUCAAGGUGUGAUUCUAGCACGCUACGGGCAGGCAUGGCGCGAGCAGCGGCGCUUCUCCGUGUCCACCAUGCGCAACUUCGGCCUGGGCAAGAAGUCACUGGAGCAGUGGGUGACCGAGGAGGCCGGCUACCUCUGCGAGGCCUUCAGCGACCACGCUGGACGCCCCUUUAGCCCCCGCCUCCUUCUGAAUAAAGCCGUGAGCAAUGUGAUCUCCUCCCUCAUCUACGCUUGCCGCUUUGAGUACGGGGACCCGCGCAUUAUCAAGAUGCUGGAGCUAAUGGACACAGCCCUGGGAGAACAAUCGGGGUUCCUGGCCCAGAUUCUGAAUGCCGUCCCAGUGGUUCUGAAAAUCCCGGGGCUCCCUGCCAAGGCCUUCCCAGCGCAGAUUGCCUUCAAACGCAUGCUGGAUGAGCUGAUCACAGAGCACAAGGGGACCUGGGACCCCACCCAGCCACCUCGACACCUGACUGACGCCUUCCUGGAGGAGGUGGAGAAGGCCAAGGGGAACCCCGAAAGCAGCUUCAAUGAUGCCAACCUGCACAUGGUGGUGGCUGACCUGUUUUCUGCCGGGAUGGUGACCACCUCAACCACACUGGCCUGGGCCCUGCUGCUCAUGAUCCUGCAUCCCGAUGUGCAGCGUCGUGUCCAGCAGGAGAUCGAUGAGGUGGUGGGGCAGUCGCGGCCUCCAGAGAUGGGAGACCAGGCCCGCAUGCCCUACACCAUGGCCGUGAUCCACGAAGUGCAGCGGUUUGGGGACAUUACCCCAAUGGGUGUACCCCACAUGACAUCCCGUGAUAUUGAAAUCCAGGGCUUCCUCAUCCCCAAGGGAACGACGCUGCUCACCAACCUGUCAUCGGUGCUGAAGGAUGAGACUGUCUGGGCGAAGCCCCUCCGCUUCCACCCAGAGCACUUCCUGGAUGCCCAGGGUCGCUUCGUGAAGCACGAGGCCUUCAUGCCCUUCUCAGCAGGUCGGCGCGCAUGCCUCGGGGAGCCCCUGGCCCGCAUGGAGCUCUUCCUCUUCUUCACCUGCCUCCUGCAGCGCUUCAGCUUCUCGGUGCCCGCGGGCCAGCCCAGGCCCAGCGACCACGGCGUCUUUUCCGGCAUGGUGGUCCCGUCCCCCUAUGAGCUCUGUGCUGUGCCUCGAUAAGGGGAGACACCGUGCCCCACCUGCUCUCUGCUUUGAUCUAAAAGCUCAAUAAACCAAUCUGGAUUGAGGCCUGAUCUGAAUUUACCAAGUCCCCUUCCCUUUACUUACAGGCCCCCUCCCUACCCCAGAUCUACUGAACCUGAACCUGACAACCAGCCCAUAUCAGAAGUGGGGAUAUUGCGCUCAGAAGGUGGCCCGGCCACUUAAGC